AUGCAUCGGACCACACGCAUCAAAAUCACGGAGCUGAACCCUCACCUCAUGUGUGCCCUCUGCGGGGGCUACUUCAUCGACGCCACCACCAUCGUGGAGUGCCUGCAUUCCUUCUGCAAAACCUGCAUCGUGCGCUACCUGGAGACCAACAAGUACUGCCCCAUGUGUGACGUGCAGGUCCACAAAACCCGGCCGCUGCUGAGCAUCAGAUCUGACAAGACCCUCCAAGACAUCGUCUACAAACUGGUCCCGGGGCUUUUUAAAGAUGAGAUGAAGCGACGGCGGGAUUUCUAUGCGGCCUACCCCCUGACGGAAGUCCCCAACGGCUCCAACGAGGACCGCGGGGAGGUCCUGGAGCAGGAGAAGGGGGCUCUGAGCGAUGACGAGAUUGUCAGCCUCUCCAUCGAGUUCUACGAAGCUGUCAGGGAUCGGGAGGAGAAGAAGGGCCCCUUGGAGAAUGGAGACGGGGACAAGGAGAAGACAGGGGUGCGCUUCCUGCGGUGCCCAGCAGCCAUGACCGUCAUGCAUCUCGCCAAGUUUCUCCGCAAUAAGAUGGACGUGCCCAGCAAGUACAAGGUGGAAGUCCUGUACGAGGACGAGCCGCUGAAGGAGUACUACACCCUCAUGGACAUCGCCUACAUCUACCCCUGGCGGCGGAAUGGCCCUCUCCCCCUCAAGUACCGGGUCCAGCCAGCCUGCAAGCGGCUCACCUUGCCUACGGCGCCCACCCCCUCUGAGGGCACCAACACCAGUGGGGCAUCAGAGUGUGAGUCAGUCAGCGACAAGGCUCCCAGCCCCGCCACCCUGCCGGCCACCUCCUCCUCCCUGCCCAGCCCGGCCACCCCCUCCCAUGGCUCUCCCAGCUCCCAUGGGCCCCCAGCCACCCAUCCUACCUCCCCCACUCCCCCUUCAGUGGCCAGUGGGGUCAGCACAGCUACCAACGGGGGCGCCUCGAACUGCCUGCAGGCACCGUCCUCCACCAGCAGGGGGCGCAAGAUGACUGUCAAUGGAGCUCCCGUGGCCCCCUUAAUUUGA